AUGAAGUCAAAUAAGGAGAAGCGAGUCACAAGAGUUCAACCUUACCAGGUUGCCCUCGUGCAGAAAUCUUUACUCGAAGGUCAAGGAAACACAGCACCACCACUUGAGUCCAAGUUGAAGCCAGGGCCUCUUCAGCCCGUCACUCGCUCAACAAAGAGGCCCACAGCGCCCUCACUUUUAGAUGCUCAUGAGAUGGCCACUAGACGCUCGCCACGCCUCCCAGCUCUUCAAGAAACUCAAGAAACAAGCAAACUAGAGAAUGACACCAGCCCGGACAUAAUUCAACGACACGAGUCUCCAUGGGACACUUUCGAGAAAGGUUACGAAUGUGAUCUAGCCGGCACUGUUGCGGUAUGUUUGCGCUUCAAAGGAAAGCGCGUCGUACGCGCAAUUCGUCAAUUCUCUCUCAAGGAGGCUGACCGCGUCUUGCAAAUUCUUCGUUCCAUGAAACAUGAUAAUGUGGCCUCCGUUCAAGAAUGUUUUCGGACUGCAGAUGCCUUGUAUACAACUAGCGAGUUUGAUCCACUCACGCUGGAUCAUAUCGUAGCUUGCAAGCAAUACCCCAAACCAAAUCAAUUGGCUUCCUUGAUGUCUCAGUUGCUCAACGGAGUAUCAUACCUGGUCGCUCAAGGCUUUCGUCAUACAUACUUGGAUUGUUCCAGUGUACUUAUAAGCCUCAGUGGCGAGCUUAGGAUCGCACGCCUUGAGUGUUGUGUCGUCCGACAAGCAGAUAAAAUCCAAACCAGCGACCUGGCUCCCAUUUCAAAGAUAAUGAUGGAGCUGAUGCAGAAAUACGUCAAGGACGACGGGGCCGUCGGUAUUGACAAUCCUGAAUGCUGGAGAAUUUGCCCCGCUGCCAUCGAGUUCCUCUCCGCCACCACUUCGGCCAGCUCAUUUGAGGAGUUGAAGAAAGUGAGUUAUCUCUGA